AGCAGAAGAAGGCGCGGAAGUACGCGGUCAUGAAGCGCAUGAUCAGCCUCCGGGACCAGCGCAUUAACGAGAAGGAGCGGGCAAAAGCCCCUGUGAAGAAGAAAGAGGACCCGAGUGCCAUCAAGGAGCGGGAGGUCCCGCAGCAUCCCUCUUGCUUGUUCUUCCAAUAUAAUACACAGUUGGGCCCACCCUAUCACAUCCUGGUUGACACAAACUUCAUCAACUUCUCCAUCAAGGCCAAGCUGGACCUAGUGCAGUCAAUGAUGGAUUGUCUCUAUGCCAAGUGUAUUCCAUGUAUCACAGAUUGUGUAAUGGCUGAAAUCGAGAAGUUAGGACAGAAGUACCGUGUGGCAUUAAGAAUUGCCAAGGACCCUCGGUUUGAACGCUUGCCAUGUAUGCACAAAGGAACCUAUGCAGAUGACUGCUUGGUACAGAGGGUCACUCAGCACAAAUGUUACAUUGUGGCCACAGUGGAUAAAGAGCUCAAGCGGAGAAUACGAAAAAUCCCAGGCGUGCCGAUAAUGUAUAUUUCCAGGCACAGAUACAAUAUUGAGAGGAUGCCAGAUGAUUACGGAGCUCCUCGCUUCUAACCUGUCAGCCAAGCCGUCAAUGCCAGGGCUCUGAGCCAGGAUAAGGGUUCUUCUGGUUCCAAGCCUCCUGCUUUCAUUUUUGCUGGGACUUUACUCAUAGGACUGCAGGUGACAUUGGACUGACUUCAUAUCGUUGAUCUUCUAAGAAAAAGCUACUUGAAAGAGACUGGUUUUAUUCAUCCUUGUUCUGACUUGGACUGAUUACCUAUGGCUGGGAGAAUAAUAUGGGAAAUAGA